CUGCCGAGUCCAUCGACGGGCUCGUCCCGUCGGACACAGCGCUUUUUUUGUAACCGCAGUGGCAACAAAAUCGAGGUCCUCUCGCCAGUAUCGGAUGUGUCGGAAUCCGAAACGCAUUUUGUACGCCAAAGGGACGAGGAGUCCUCCAGUCGCACAUCCUCCGUAUCAUCAGCUCUGUCCGAACGAAUAGUUCGACAUUAUAAAGACGAAAGCAAAGACCAGAG